GCAGUACAGUUCAGCUUGUUCACUUUUUAAUCACGAUGGCACACGAGGAAGCUCUCCAGACGACCACAGACAGCGAAGAAGAAAGUACUUUUUCCUCGGAAGAAGAGAAAGACUUUGAUGAUGAACUCCUGCAUUUUGAGGAUCACUUUGAUGCUGCAGAGAACACAAUUUCUAAAGAGAAAACGCCUUCAUGUGCACAUCACACAAGGGCAACACACAAGCGUCUUUCAGCUUUCAACUCGGUUGAGAAACUUAACAAAUGUGAGAGGGACAGUGACCAGAUCCCUGCUGCAAAGAGAGCCAGGACUCUUUCAUGGAAAGCAGAGACUGAUGUUGACCAGGUUCCACAGACUCUGAGAUUCCUGCCUGCUCGGGAACCAGGACCACAGUUGUCUGCUGAUGACUCACACUCUCCCAUGAGUCUUUUCAAACUGUUUUUCACAGAGAGCGCAGUGGAAAACCUGUGCCACAACACAAAUGCUCAGGCUGCCAGGGCAAUGGCAAAGGGCUGCAAGUACAAAUGGACAGAUGUCAGUGUUGAUGAGCUGUAUCGUUACAUUGGACUGAUAUUCUACAUGUCUGUGCUGAAGAUGAGCUCCAUCGCUGACUACUGGCGGCAGGACAGUCUUUUCUCUGUGCCUUUUCCUGCCACAGUUAUGUCAAGGGACAGAUACCGCACCAUUUCCUGGAAUGUACACAUGAGUCACCCAGACGCAGACGAGGAAAACGACAGAAAGAGGGGCACAGACCAACAUGACCGUCUGUUCAGGAUCAAACCCCUCAUGGACACUGUUCGUCUUGCAUGCAAAGCCUUCUAUCAUCCUAGAAGAAAUGUAGCUGUGAAGGAGAGAUUGGUGGCAUGCAGAGCAAAGACAGGAAUGAGACAGUGCACAAAAGUCAAGCCGACAAAGUUGGGCUUCAAGUUUUUUGACCUUUCAGACUCAUCAAAUGGAUAUAUUGUGGACUUCUCCAUCUACACGGGCAAGAAUAGUUUUCCUGCAGACCAUGGGCUUUCAUAUGAUGCUGUGAUGUCUCUCCUGGACCAUAAAGUUUUGGGCUCUGGGUACCAUGUGUACAUGGAUGAUUUCUACACAAGUCCAAAGCUCUUCACAGACUUGUUUGCUCUGAAGUUUGGUGCUUGUGGGGCGUACAGAGAGCAGAGGAAGGGCUUCCCGAAGACUGCAGCUAAUUCACUGAGCAGUGACUCCACCAUGGGAUCCAUCAGGUGGAUUCGGGACGGGCCUCUUGUGUGUGUGAAGUGGAUGGACACGCAAGUGGUGUCUGUUUGUUCCACCAUACAUGCUGCCUCUACAGGAGGCAAUGUGAAAAGAAACAUCAAAGCACAGGAUACAUGGAAGACAAAGUCUGUUCCAUGUCCUGCACCUGUGACUGCAUACAGCCAGCACAUGGGGGGUGUUGACCUGUCCGAUCAGCUGUUGCAAUACUACGCUGCACAGCACAAAACCAUGAAAUGGUACAGAAAAGUCUUUCUACACUUCUUGGACAUUGCCGCCAACAAUGCUUUUAUAUUGCACAAAGAGCUGCAUGGCAACAUGACUCGCAAAGAGUUCAUGGAGGAGCUUAUUGCAGAGCUCUGUGACAUGUCACAGAAAGCAGCACCAAAACAGUCCAGCACAGAGCAUGUGCCAAUCCCAGGAGCUGAGUUGACUUCAGACGACAGAAGAAACGCUACUGUCGGUCGCCGGAUCUGUGUGCAUUGCAAAGCAGUGCAUGGAAAGAGGCUACAAACACCUUGGAAAUGCCAGGCUUGUGACGUUCACUUGUGUCUUCAGUUGAACAGAAACUGUUUCCUGGAAUGGCACAAAAGUCUGUGAUUGUGUUAAAAUAAAUCAUAAUUUAUCCUGGUUAUUGUUUUUUUUUUUUUUUUUUUUUUUUUUUUGUGGAAAGCAUUUUCAAAUUUUUUAAACAAAUUGAGUUGAUUUCUGAAGGAUCAUCAGAGUGAAGACUAGAUAUAUGGCUGCUGAAAAUAUAUAUUGCAUUUAUAAUACUUCACUAGAUUAAUGUAUUUAUAUCUUACUGUAUUUUUUAUCAAAUAAAUUCAGCUUUGUUUGAGAAGAUGAGACUACUUUCAUUGUCAUGGUUCCCAAAUUAUUUUUAUUUUGUAUUGUCAUGCAAUAUGUUUUAAGUAAAAUAAAAUAAA